AAUAAGCAGGCCACGUCAUAUAGUAGCAUCCGGAGUGAAAUUUGCGAACGCAGAUACUAUAGACCUUCAAUCGGAAAAUUGAAACGGGGAAAAGAGAAGUGAGAACAUGGCGGAAGAACCACCGAAGAAGAUAACUAUCCAGGCUGAACACUCUUCUUCUGCGUCGCCGUCUGAUAAACCUUCCGAGGACUCCAUCAAUGCACCCCAGAUGCCAUCAGCAUAUGGUUCUUCCUUGGUUGAUAGCAAUAAUCAAAUGCACCCUACAAUGUACCAGCCACUUCUUUCUGGAUUUUACUGUCCACAACAGAACCAGGAGGAGUUGAAUCGUGGUCCUGGUCUGUAUGCCGUUUCAGUUCAUCCUUUUAUGGAUAAUGUGACUGGAUUUCCUCCCAUCAGACUAAUCCCUUUAACUUACACUGUACCCACUGAACAUAGUUCCACUGAGAAUAGAACCGGGAGCAACGAGCAAGGACAUGCGGUAGAGCUACAACAGCAGCUACCUGAACCUCAUCACCAUGUAGUUGUGAGGAGAUUUCAAAUUGCAUUUCAGCGAGACCUCUUUCUGAUCCUUAAGUUGGCUGCAGUAAUUUAUUUGUUCAAUCAAGAUGGAUCCAAGCAAAGACUUGCCGUCCUUGUGUUAUUCGCUUCACUUAUUUACCUAUAUCAAACGGGGGCACUGGCACCAUUAGUUAGAUGGCUUUCACAGGGAAUGCGGAGGGGUGGUGCACCCCCUCGACGACCUAGACCAGCAGCCAGGGCUGAAAAUGCUGCACUUGUUGGGAGGCAAGGAAAUGAAAAUGAUGGUGCAGAAGUGGUAGAAGGAAAUGAGGGAGAAAAUGAGAACAGGGCAGGGCCAAAUGAACAAGGAGCGAAUCAACCAGGGGUUGUAGAGGAUGGAAAUAGGUUCUGGAUCAUCGUGAAGGAGAUCCAAUUGAUUGUGUUUGGCUUCAUUACUUCACUUCUUCCUGGGUUUCACAACAUAGAUUAGAUUAUAAUCAACUGUAUACCAAAGCAGCCAUACUAGGCUUUUUUUGAAGGAUCUUUGUGUUGUAUCUAUAAUUUUAUGAAAGUUUCUACAUCUAUUCACAAGCCCUGGAAUAGCCAAAUUCAUGCUAACCAAACAUGCUCUUAAUUUGUAAUCUAUGCCCGAAUAGUACUUGAUAAGUAAACCAUAUCUACAAGAAGAUAUUUUAGCAGGUUAACAAUGGUUAGAAAGACAUUCUGAACAUUUUAACUAUGCCUAUAAUUCCAUAAAUGCUUAUUGAAC